AUGGAAACCAAAAUUUCAGAACUGAAGAACUACCUCCCUGAGUGGACUUCUGCCAAGGAUCAAGGACAAGUCCAGGGCAAAGCCAGGAGAUCCUGGUACAAUGAUAACGAGGCAUUAGGAGAUGGAGACAGCUUCAUAAAGACAAAGAACUGGGAGGACAUCGAGCCAGUGUGGCAGGAGUAUGUGCAGGAACAGUUUGGCGAGUGUUUAAACUAUAGAUACCCAGAGAAUGUGUUGAUGGUCUUGAUGAUAGGUGCUGGGGCAUGGGUUGGAGGCCAACAGGUAAAGGGAGGUCGCAAAGGAAUCAGAAAACUAGUCUUUGAGCUCAAAACUGACGAGAAUGGGAUGCUAUUGCUUCCAGACAUCGUCCAAAUAAAACUCGAGGAGAAGAAGAAGGCCAUAGUGAGGGCUUUUCUCAUAUCACACUAUCAUGAGUCUAUCCUUGCUACAUCCGAGAUGUUGUUGAGGCUCAUUCUUGCACUUACCAAGCUCUUUGCACUUUGA